GCGGAAGUACGGAAUUGACACACAGUCUAUGUUAAUAAUUCUAUUUCCGCCCAAAGGAAAGACGUUUUUCAGAAUCGUUUGUUUUGCGUAUAAACAAUUUAUUUUUAGUACAAUUGUAUGCUGAUUUCAAAUAAACAGAAUCAAAUGGUCAUGAAUGACACAAAACCCCAAGUGUAUGCUAAUCCAAGCUGGGAGAAUGCUAGGAAAGCUUUGGAAGCAGUGUCUCCAAAAAAGGAACAAACAAUGGAAAACUAUUCAAAUGAAAAUGAAAUGGGCACACAUCAGCAGAGCCCUAUGUCUCCAGAAGAGUACUACUACCAGCAGCUAAACAACUACAAACAAAAUCAGGGCAUGUUCCAAAGACCACCGCAUUUUGGAAUGGGUCCAAAUGGUGGACCUCCUGGAUUUGGAAUGUCUCCACAAAAUUUCCCCAGGGCACCAUUUCGAGGCCCACCACCUUUUAUGUCUGAGCACGGUCAAGAACAACAAGGUUAUAAUCACCCCCUAUUUAUGCCACAAAGACCGCCUUUUGGAUUUCAACCACGAAAUAACCAUAUACAGCCUAAUCCAAAUGCUGGUGGGAUUCGGUUCAGUCUACCAAACAGAAAUAAGCUUCAACAACAACAGCAGCAACAAGAACAACAGCCGCCCUCACGUAAUGGAAACUUUGGCAGUGGGAACAAUUAUCCCCCACCAAGACCGCCAUACCCAAACUUUGGGACUAGAGGGCCUAGACCCCCUAUGCAGAAUAAACAGAACUCAAACAUCGAAAGUCCUGAACCAACACAAAAUGGCAUCGAGAAAGAUCAAACUGUUGUUUCUAAAGCUAGAGCUGAUGCACAAAUGGCUGCAGUUAAUGAUUGGCCACCAAAUCUUAAGAAUUGGGUUCAGCGAGCAUUUGCCAGUGUGAGUGCUGAGAACAAAGACAAAAUGGAAGGCAUCUUGAAGGUGAAAUUGACUGCUGCCUUCACAUCUGGAACUGCUUUCACAACUGACUGGGAUAGCACCCCACUUCCACUUGCCAAGCGUGGGCGAUGGGGCGUAGGCAUUGAACCAAUAGGCAGAGGCAGGGCCCAAGCAUCUCCAACAGGUUUCAGAGGUGGCCCUCGUGGUGGGUUCCAAAGAGGCAGAGGUGGCGCAAGUCCAGCUGUGAGAGGGCGGGGCACUCAUCUGUCAUCAACAAGGAGGUCUUACUCCAGAUCAAGGUCAAGGUCAUAUUCUAGGUCACCCCGUUCUUGGUCAAGGUCACGUUCAAGAAGCCGUUCAAGGUCAUCAGAGAGAUAUCGCCGUAACAUGUCCCCAGGGCGAAGUCAUAGAAGAUUCAGAUCUAUAAGCCGGAGUAGAAGUCGAAGCAGCUCAAUAUCCAGUCGUUCAUCACGCAACGAUUUCAUAGCCUUCACGCCUACAAAGAAAAGCCCAAGGGGCAAAGGGUCAAGAGGUCGUGGUAAUAACAAGGAACGGGGCCGGGGUCGUGGACAGAAGUUUGUUAGACGAAGCUUUGAGGAAAAAGAGGAGCAGAAACCUCAGCUUGCCAAAAAGAAUAAAAAGAAUCAGAAGAAAUCACCCAAGACCAAAGGCAAAAAUGUUGGCCUGUUCAAAUUGGAACAUGAGGAAGAAAGCUCUCAUAAACUCCUAUCCAGAGCACAAAGAUUUGGUGACCAACUGGAACAUUCCAGACCAAAGUCUCGAUUAUCUCUAGGCAACACGUCACUAGUGAACUCAAUUGUGGUACAAGACUCUGAUGAAGAGAGUAAUAUGGACUGGAGUAGCUACCACAUUGUGGGUACUUGUCAGGACCUUGAGAAACAGUACUUGCGCAUGUCUGGGCCUCCAGAUGCAUCCAAGAUUCGCCCUGUGGAGGUGUUAAGACGCUCCCUGGAGAUGGUGAAGAGAGACUGGGCAGAGAAAAUGGACUAUCGGUACGCCUGUGAGCAGAUGAAGACCAUCAGACAAGACCUUACGGUGCAAGGUGUGCGUGAUGAAUUCACUGUGUGCGUCUACGAGACACAUGCAAGAAUCGCUAUGGAAAAGGGCGACCAUGAAGAAUACAAUCAGUGCCAGACACAGCUAAAAAAUCUGUACGGGGAGGGCCUGCAGGGCAACAGGCUGGAGUUUACAGCCUACAGGAUACUGUACUACAUCUACACCAGCAAUCUAGGCGAUCUUAAUUCUGCUUUAACUGAUCUCACGCCAAAAGAUAGGCAGGAUGAGUGUAUAAAACAUGCCCUUGAUGUUCGGUCAGCAUGGGCGCUUAGUAAUCAUCAUAGGUUUUUCCACUUGUAUCUUAAUGCGCCUAAAAUGGCAGGUUACCUAAUGGAUAAGUUUGUGGGGAGAAUAAGGAAAGCAGCUCUUAAAGCAGCUGUCAAAGCAUAUCGGCCAACCCUGCCCAUUGAUUUCAUAAUCCCAGAGUUAGGCUUCUCCGAUCGGGAUGAAUGUCUUGAAUUCCUUAAAGAAAUGAACGUCACCUUGUUAGAGGAAGGAAGUAAGAUCGACUGCAAAGCAAGUGUGGCAGCUGUUAAUUGGUUAUGAGAGAAAAAGAUGUAUGGGAGUUAAUAGAUCGUAAAGUCUCCGUCUCUCAUCCUGUUAAAUUAUGCAGUUCGAGAUGGAUACAAAGGGGGCUUUGUUGUAGAUGGCGAUUCCAUUCCAUUGCUUCUAUUGUCCUGUGUCCCAUGUGGUAACACAUCUCUACCGUUGGAUAUGUGUUACACAGCGGGUUGUUAAUCAUCCUGAUGAAAUCUUGGCAAGCCGAUGAUGCCAUUGCGGGUCCAAUGAGCAGAGCUAUUAAAGAUUAAGGUUAUUUUUUCCAAAGAUGUUCUCUACAAUGCCUUCACUCCUUCCAUACCUAAGUAUGAAUCGGAGCACGCAUUCUCUUCACUUCCGGAUGCCUCUAUGGAAGCCUUCUUGUCCUUAAUGUAAUACGAUCUAUUCCGCUUUGAGUAUUUUUUGUUGCCAAUCUUGUUUUAAUCAGAUAAUGAGGAUACCUCUACAGCUUUCAAAAAUUUAUGCGAAAGACUCUUAACCUAAAAUCAAAAGACUCUAGAUCUGAGCUAUAGCUAGAAACGUUAAUUGAGCAGAAAAUGUUUUCUUUGAAGCAAAUAAUUAUCUCCAGCAAGAAUUUCUCAAAUUAGUAUUUCUACUAGAUUUGCUCGUCUUCAGAUAAUCGGGGAAGUUCUUACAUUAAGAUAUAAGAAGAAUGUAUAUCAAAUGGACUUUCAAGAAAAUUGUUAAUGAGGUGUAAUCUUUCCAGAAGAGUUGCCUUCUAAGAAAAUCGUGAUAAUGACAGAUAAAACUGGUAGUAAAAUCAUGGCCAUUAAAUAAGAUGGCUAUUGUAAUAUCAAUCUGGUAUAAAAGCAGAAGAGUAAUUGCCAGAUUUAUUAAUAGGUUAUAGUAACACUGAAAGAAACAAGUGAGAUGGACUCUAAUAAGUUUUAGAUUUGAAGGUGUUUCCACUUUGAAAAGAUUCAAAGGUUCAGGUUUAAGAAAAAAGGAAAUACAUCUUGAAAUACGUUGGAAUCAUCGUGGGAAUUAAGGUUCCAUUACGCCUAGUGGAUCAACCGGCACGUAUGGGCGGCCGCAAAAUGUCAAUUGAAUCGGGGAUGGUCGAGAUAUUAUCUAGAUAUGCUUUCUUUCAGAGUUCCAGUCUGUUCUAUUUAGCUAUCAUUAGAAGAAUGCACAUCAAAUGAACUUGCUAGAAAAUUGUUAAGAAGGUGUAAUCUUUCCAGAAGUUUUUUCUCAUAAGAAAAUCGCGAGAAUGACAGUUAAAAAUGGUAGUAAAAUAGUGGCCUUUAAAUUUGAUUGCUGUUCUAAUAUCUGGUCGGUGAAAUAGCAGCGUCAAGUCAAUAACCGGGGUACAGCAGAAGAGUAAAUUUCCAGAUAUAUUAUCAGGUUAAAGCUAUAAGGAUACAAGUGAGAUGGACUCCUAAAUGUUUCAAGUUUCUAAAUAUUUGAAGGUAUAUGCUUAAUAAAAAGUGGAAAUGAAUGUUGAAAUCCAUGGGAAAUCAUCUUGGGAAUACGACCUUCAUGGUUUCAUAACGUCUCGGGGACAACCGGCAAGCAUGGGCGGUCGCUAAAUUGAUCAUUGAUUCAUGUUAUGGUCGAGAUAUUGUCUACAUAUGCUUUCUUUCAGAGUUCCUGUCUGUUCUUUGUAGCUAUCACGACCUACAAAUCCGUUUGCAAGAGUUCUUUUGUAGCCAUCACAACCUAUACAUUCGUUUACCAGAAAGUCGGGCCAAUGAAUGGUGAAACAAGGGAUUGUAAGUCCAUAAAUGCCCACAUACAUCAAGGCGCAUUUGUGGUGAAACGUGGAACUUUGUAGUCCAUAAAUGCCCACAUACAUCAAGGCGCAUUUGUGGUGAAUCCUGGAACUUUCUGGGCCAUUAAUGCCCACAUACAUCAAUCUUAGGUGAAAAUCGGGACUUACCUCUCCAUAAAUGCCGAUAUGUAUAUCAAUGAGCAUUUGUAGUGAUAAAUCAGCUUAUCCAUCUUGUAUGUGCUCAAAAAACUGUUCUGUGAAUCAUUUCGGCGCAGACCGUAUGGGAUUGCAGUAACUGCAAUAACUAACGUGGUUUCAAUAUGUUAUUUAAACCGCUUUUGUACUUUACAUCAUUUCUCACAUGUUUUGUUGAAUAAUGCCAGAUGUCUUUCCACUAUUGUUUUAACAGAAGUAGAUGGACGGAUAUUGUUAACUAAUUUUUGUCAAUGUACUUUAUAGAGUUUUCGUUAUCGCAUAAUGAGCUGAUUUAAAAUGUGUGAGAUCGGUGCGCCGUGUACUAAUCAUUUGAUGUUUCUCAAAUCUAUCAGUAAUUCAAACAUGACGAACUUUCUUUUAAAUUAAAUAGUUGACGUAUAUUUGUCUGAAGGUACCGAUUUUUUUAGAUUUGUUUAAACAACCAAUAGAUAAGCAAAGGCUGAUGUUUUUCAAAAGGCGACAGUUUAGCAUCCAGUAGUAAUUAAAUAGGGAUCACCGUCAUUUUCUUUUAAAUAGAACAGUUAACAUUUCCGUAGGAGCUUAAUUUUUCUGCGCAUACGUAAAGUUUGUCAUCGCAUAUGUUAUAUCUUACUUGUGAAAUUUUAAAGGUAACACGGUGCUCGGAUCACUUUUUUUCACAUUAAUUAAUUACGUAACAAUUUAGGAAAACUUUCUUCUUUUUUGUGACGCGUUUUGUUAUCUAUAUAAUUUUAUUAUUUUGGCUCGUAACAUUACAAUAAUGCACUUGUCGGAACAUCUCGUGAAUCGCAUGCCUGUCCUGACAGAUACUGUGAUAUUUGAGAUGAUUGUAGAUUGUAAGGUUACAAGCCAGUGUGCUUUAUUUCAGGUCCAUGUGCAUAUUAUGUUGUAAAUAGAGAACAUAAAUAAAUAGAUUAAUAUUGCCAA